AUGCAGUUCGGAAAGUCCUACAAUGUUUAUUUCCUUUGCGCGUUCAUGACCCUUGGUGGUGGUCUGUUCGGUUUCGAUAUCUCGUCUAUGAGUGGUGUUUUGGGCACCAAGGCCUACAUCAAUUACUUCCAAGUCGGAGAUGGCAAUUACAAACAGGGUGGAAUUACCUGCGCGAUGCCGUUUGGAUCGCUCGUCGGUGCCUUGGCCUCGAGUUUCCUCGCCGACAAAUACUCGCGUGUGACAGCCAUCCAGUUCUCCUCGACUUUGUGGAUCAUCGGUUCUAUCUUCCAAUGCGCCUCAAACGGCAUCGCACUGCUCGUCGUCGGCCGUGUCAUCGCAGGCCUCUGUGUCGGCAUUGCCUCCGCCAUGGUCCCUGUCUACAUCGCCGAAGUCAGCCCUAAGCAGAUUCGAGGCCGCAUGAUUUCCCUACAGCAGUGGGCAAUCACCUGGGGUAUCCUGAUCCAGUACUUCAUCCAGUACGGCUCCAGCAACAUCGACGGCGGCCCCAACAACGAAACCCAGAGCACAGCGGCUUUCCGCAUCCCCUGGGGUAUCCAGAUUGUCCCUGGUGUUAUCUACUUUGUGGGGCUGUUCUUCUAUCCAAAGUCGCCUCGUUGGUUGGCGAGUAAGGACCGCUGGGAUGAGUGCAUGCACAACCUUGCCCGUCUCCAUGGGAAUGGCGAUAUCAACCACCCCAAGGUUCUUGCUGAGUACAAGGAGAUCCAGGAUGCGCUGGCUUUGGAGCGCGAGCAGAACUCGACGAGUUACCAGGAGUUCAUGAAGCCGCGCAUUGCGAAGCGUGUCUUCCUGGGAAUGAGUCUGCAGAUGUGGUCCCAGCUCUGCGGGAUGAACGUCAUGAUGUACUACAUCGUCUACAUCAUGCAAGGCACAGGAACCGGCUCACCCCUCCUGACAGCAUCCAUCCAAUACAUUCUUAACACAGCCCUCACCCUGCCCGCCAUCCUCUGGCUCGACCGCUUCGGCCGCCGCCCUGCAAUCCUCAUCGGCUUCUCCCUGCAAGCCAUCUUCCUCUACGUCGAAGGAGGCCUACAAGCCGGAUACGGCCGCACCACGCGCGAAGGCGACACAAACUCUACCGCCAUUUCCUGGACCGUCGCCGACCACCCGGCCGUCGGCCGCGCCAUCAUCGCCAUGUCCUACCUUUUCGUCUGCUCUUUUGCGACUACAAUCGGUCCGACUUCCUGGACGUACCCGGCUGAGAUCUACCCAGCCAAGGUACGCGCCAAGGCUGUCUCGCUAGCCACGGCCUCGAACUGGACAUGGAAUUGCCUGUUGGCGCUUUUCGUCCCGCCUCUGCUUUGGAGUAUUAACUGGAAGAUGUACAUGAUUUUCGCCGCCUUCAACACCGUCGCCGCAGUGCACAUGUUCCUCACAGCCCCCGAGACAAAGGGCUUCACGUUGGAAGAAAUGGACGAAGUCUUCGACACCGGCAUCCCCGCCUGGCGCCGCGGAAAGGCGCGCUCGCGUCUCGACGAUAUCGAGCGGGAGAUUGCAGAGGGGAAUCUCAAGGUUACGGACCGAGCGGGCCCUGUUCAGCCCGCUAAUGAGAAGACGCCUGAGAAGGGGGAUGAGAAUGUUUGA